CCCAUUCUUUGAUAGAAAACUCUGUGAUGUCGCCUGGCCGCUAAACGAGCUUGACCCACACGCCAAGGGAGGAGCAGACAAAUAAACGGAAUAGUCGGACGGGGAGAGUCGUCUAAGACUUAGGACGAGGAAGACCACGCACUGUUGAAGGAGACCCCCUCCUGGAUUGCACUGUUGAAGGAGACCCCCUCCAGGAUUGCACUGUUGAAGGAGACCCCCUCCAGGAUUGCACUGUUGAAGGAGACCCCCUCCAGGAUUGCACUGUCAGUCCUUUUCUCCCUCCUGUUUCUGGGCUUGGUGCUUCAUUGACCUUCUACCAAUGAACAACUAGAGCUUGACAUCUGACCUUGGCGUGAUCUCUCACCUCUUCUAUCAAACCACGCCCACAGUGUGUAUGGAGCAGUGUGAGAGCGCAGCAGCUCUGCUGGAGUCUGUAAGGGAGCAGGAGGUGCAGUUUGAACAGCUGACUCGGGCGUUGGAAGAUGAGAGGAGGAGAGUGGGCCUCCCUGCCACCAGCCCUUCAACGCUGGGUCGCUCCCUCCCUCACACACAGAACGGGCGUUUAGGGGAUGCAGACAUAGAACGACUGAAAUUGACAGACUCCUACCUUAACGGCACACAGUACAGGAUGGUGGACCCAGCACACAGCACUCUAGAUGAGAGCUACACACCAGAGGAUGACUCCCAUGAAGCACACUCAGUUUUUUCUGAAGAAGGAACCACACGACGGCCAGACAAUGGGCUGAAGAAGCCGAUCUCACGCACAGUCAUGCCGACAGACUCCAUGUCCAUUGACGGCGGCAUGUCUAUGGGGGGCUACAGCGCCACACUGGACCGUCCAUAUAGGCACAUGGGAGGAGGAGACUACCCCACUGCCACGGUGCCCAGAAACUACCACUACAGCCCAGUAGGGGCCUACGAUGACUACAGGGGAGGACCACCAUCAGAGGCAUACACAAGCUUAAGCCGGGGCUCACACAUGGAUGAACGCUACAGGCCAGUUGAUGGCUACAGAACUCUGGAUUCUGGUUAUCGGGCCCCAAGCCGCCAGCAGAUGGACCCCUAUGCGGCACAGCCCCAGGUGGGCAGGGGAAUGAGGGCCAUGGGCUCUGCAAUGGAGAUGCGAUACAACCAUGGUCAUUACGGUCUGGAAGAUGACCAGCGCAGUGUGGGAUAUGACGACUACGGCAUGGGGCCUCCACCCAUGCACCCCGGCGGUUAUGGCACCAUGCCACGGCUGGGACCUGGCCCUGGUGGUAUGGAUAGACGACGACUCAGAAGUUGUGAAGAUACUCUGGAUAGUGAUAUGGGAGGAGUUGACCCAUAUGCAUGGGCUGUACCCAUGAGCAUGGAGCGAGGAAGCAUGGCUUCAUUAGACAGCACCCUAAGGAAAGGUCCUCCUGCCUCAUGGCGACAACCAGAGCUGCCUGAGGUGAUUGCUAUGUUGAACUAUCGCUUGGAUCCGGUCAAAACCAACGCAGCUGCCUUCCUCCAGCAUCUCACGUUCAAAAAUGACAAGGUUAAAUCAGAGGUGCGCCGCCUAAAGGGUAUACCCGCCUUAGUGUCGCUGCUGGACCACCCCAGCAAAGACGUGCACCACUCGGCCUGCGGGGCACUAAAGAACAUCUCAUAUGGACGGGACCAAGACAACAAGAUUGCCAUCAAGAACUGCGAUGGUGUGCCAGCUCUUAUUCGAUUGCUGAGGAAGACCCGUGACCAGGACCUCACGGACACUAUCACCGGCACACUGUGGAACCUUUCAUCCCACGACUCCGUCAAGAUGGAGAUCGUGGACCACGCCCUGCACGCUCUGGCAGAUGAGGUGAUAGUGCCUCACUCGGGCUGGGAGCGCGGGAGCAAUGGAGGAGAGGAAAGCUGCAAACCACGCCAUCUGGAGUGGGAAACCGCUUUGACCAACACUGCUGGCUGCCUGAGGAAUGUGAGUUCAGAGCGCAGCGAGGCACGGCGGAAGCUAAGAGAGUGCACAGGAUUAGUGGAUUCGCUGAUGUACAUUGUUCAGUCACAGAUCAACCGCAAAGAUGUGGACAAUAAGUUGGUGGAGAACUGCAUGUGCCUCUUAAGAAAUCUGUCCUACCAAGUUCACCGUGAGGUCCCCAGCUGUGAUCGCUACGCUGAAAGCGCGCCGAUCAACCAGGGACCUGCACCUGGAUCCAACAAGGGUGGCUGCUUUGGCUCUCGGAAGGGCAAAGAUGAAUGGUUUUCCAAAGGAAAGAAAGACGGCGAUGAUGGAAGUGCAGACCAAGUUGACAUUCCAAAGAGGACAACGCCUGCCAAAGGUUAUGAGCUGCUGUUCCAACCAGAAGUUGUUCGACUUUACACGUCGCUGCUAAGAGAGAGCAAGAACCCCUCAGUGCUGGAAGCUGCUGCCGGGGCCAUCCAGAACCUGUGUGCAGGCCGAUGGACUUUUGGCCGUUACAUCCGUGCUACUGUGCGUCUAGAGAAGGGUCUCCCUAUGAUGACUGAACUGCUGGCUCACAGCAAUGAUCGUGUGGUGAGGGCAAUGUCCGGAGCCCUAAGAAACCUCGCCAUUGACAACCGGAACUCUGAACUUCUUGGUCUGCAUGCGGUGCCCCACCUUGUAGCAAAUCUACCCGGAGGCCAAUCUGGGCGUGCUCUGUCAGAGGAGACUGUGGUGUCAGUACUAAGCACGCUGGCUGAGGUGCUAGGCAGCAGUUUGGAGGCGGCAAAGACCCUCAGGGCCUCGCAGGGCAUCGAAAGGCUUGUGCUUGUUAAUAAAAACGGCAAGCGCUCUGAUCGUGAGGUCCGAGCGGCAGGUCAGGUGCUGCAGCUGGUCUGGGCCCACAAGGAGCUGCGUCGGCCUCUUGAGAAAGACGGUUGGAAGAAGUCGGACUUCCAGAUCAACCUAAACUCCAUCACAGCCAACGGCCCGAGCACUCGAGUCAACGGCACCUAUGGAGAGACCACCACGCCGCUGCUGGACAGAGGAGAGAAGCGAAAUAUGAUUCCACUUAAUGACCUCGGCUCUGAGGCUUACUCAACACUGGACCAGAGGGAGAGGAGACACACUCUCGACGACACCACAGACACUUUACCGGCUCCUGGAAAUAUAGGGCAAGCAUCAUGUGACUGGAAGCAAGUGUACACUCAUGUGUGUUCAAAUAAAAACUGAUCGUGUGCAUCACCCAAACUGGGCCAUCCCUGCCCGGCUACUAAGGGAAGGAUGGUCCACACACACACACACACACACACACUCUCCUCGUGUGUGUGUGUGUGUGUGUGUCCCCUUCUCUUUCUCUUCCUUGUACCAUCUCCCAGCGGACCAAUGAGACGACUGUUUGGCAUCCAAAGAACGUGGUCGUGUUGCAGCUGAAUUAAGUUUGCAACACCAAGACAUACUUUUCUUUCUUUUAUGUUGUACUAUUUGACCGUAGCAGCAGAACUCUUUGUAUUAAGUUAUAAAUCUCUAGAGGCAAUCACCUCUGUUGACAAUCAUUUAAUUCUGGUGUUUUUGCCCUCUUUGCUAUUUUUCUGCUUGCAUCCUAACAAUGAGAUUGUGUGUGUAGACCUCUCAGUGUAGGAUAUAUACUGUACAUAUACAAACAAAACCGCAUUAGUUUUGGCUUUUAUUUAAAUGGUCCCUUCAAGGGGAUUGUCGGGAGGGCUGGAUGCGGCCCGUCAGACCCGACGAGUCGCCCUGUAGAUGGAGAAUGUUUGUAUAGAAGUGUUGUGUAGAAUUAUUUUCUCCGCUUUGGGGUUGGCACAGGUGUACACAAGAAAAAGCAGACGUGUGUGUGUGAGGGGAGAAACACCUAUGGACCUUUUUUUGUUGUUGUUGUUGUUGAAUUCAUUUUUGUAUGCAAGCGCAGACACAUUGUUUAUUUUUGUGCUCAUGUCUGUCAAUUUUGUUCUUAAUGGGUUUUUUUGGGGGUUUUUUCAAUGUGUAAGAAAUUUGUAUGUUUUUUUUUUUUAAUUCCAAAAUUCCACAUCUGGCUUGAUUGAUGACGUUGGGAAGUGAAGCUGGCAAUAAGUGCACAUUUGAACCACUUCCUGUUUAAUCACUUGUGUCUGCUAUUUAGGAUGACUUCACCUUCUAGUCGACUGAAUGCUCGUGCUUGGCACACGCUGGUGUUCCAACCCGCCGACGGAAGAUAGUACGAGGUGUAUUUGCUUAGAGGAGACUCGAGUCAGUACAGUUUUUUUAUAGUAGGCAGACAAGAUGCAUAUUUUUGUCAUCCAUUUUGGUUUCUUUCUUUACUGCCCUUUUUCUGUCUAGUUUAUUUGUACUUUGAGUGUCCUGUGUUGCAAUGGUGGGUAAGAUCAUUAUGCACAUUUUUUUUUUAUUAUUGUUCUUUCCGGUUGUCUACACACAUGAUAUAUUUGUAAUGUUGCCUAUCCAUGUACCAUUCAUACCUGCCUUGCCUCUGACAGUUGCUUUUUUUUUAAAGAGAAAAAAAACCGAAGUUAUGUAACUUGUCAUACUGAUGUUUUUAUAAAUAAAGAUCAUUUCUUAGACAA